AUGAAACUACUACUAAUAACGACAGUAGCCUUACUGUCGCUUCGCGCUUCGGCCGACGUCUUUACGGCGAUGGUGGACAUUGAAAACAUGUUGAAAAACGAAGCCGAAUCCACAACCUUAUUACUUGACAAAUAUCUCGAAUCAGAAGCCAAAAGAUUGAGCGAGAUUCAGGAAUUCACGGAACGAUACAAGCUCGGCACCACCCAGAACCGUAACAUCACCGACGUCACUGACCCAGUUCGCGCCUAUCUCUUCAUCAAAGGAUUGAGCAGUGAAUGGAAAAAGUUGAAAGAGUUGUUACACUCGAAUGGAGCUGAUGAAUUCAUCAAAAACAUCAACGAUGAACGCGACAGCAAAUCUGUAAGUUAUGGAUUUAGGGCGAUUUUUUUGAAAAAAUUUGGUUUUUAUCAUUUUUUUUUAUUUCUUAUCGAUUUUUUGGGUUUAAAACCGACUAAAUUAAAUUUUUAAAGUAAGGAAAUUUAAAAACAGAUUAUUGCUAGUACUUACCUAUAUAAAAAUCUAAAAAGUCAGCCUUAAAAACGCCAAAAAUGGUGAUUUGAAGUCACCGGGAUCGAACCAACGGGGGUUAGAUUUGAAGUCUAACGUCUAGACCACUUGGCUAUUCGAACAUGGUUAAUGUUUCUUUUGAUUUCGGAGACCUUUCGGUGAUUGUGAUAGUGUAAUGAAGUAAAAAGAUGUUCUUAGGUAACGAAAAGGGAAAAAAAUAGUGUUUUUUGAUAUUUAAAAUGAUUUUUUUUGGAAUAAUCAGGCAUUUUAAUAAGUAAAAAGUUGAUUUGAAAAUUAUUUUGAAAAAAAAAUUUUUAGGUAACAAAAAACUAAAAAUAGUGUUUGUUUAUAUUAAAAAUGAUUUUUUUUUAAUAAAAAGUUAUUUUAAUAAGUAAAAAAUUCGAUUUGAAAAUUAUUUUUAAAAAAAUUUUAGGUUGUUUAAUUAAUUCUGAGCCACCUGUCAAAGAAAAUUUUCUUUUUUUAGUGGCGCAUAAUUAUUUGAACAAUUAACAAAAUUGAAAAAAAGUUUUUUUUGGCGUUUGAAAAUGACUUUGGGUAAUUUAUAAAAUUUUUUGAAAUUUUUUUAAAAAAAAUUUAUUUUUUAUUUUUAGGUCAAAUUCCCGGACGAUGAGGACGUUGACGGUGCAGCUGUGGGCCUUCUACGUCUCCAAGACACCUACAGACUCAAAACCAUCGACCUGGCCAACGGAAUCGUCAAUGGAAUCGACACGGGUAAGCAGUUGACUUCAGAAGAUUGUUUCGAAAUUGGCCGUGCCGCCUACAAUCAACGUGAUUACUAUCACUGUCUUGAUUGGAUGAUGGAGACGGAAAAGCGAAUGAAAUUGGAGAAGAACAGCAAAGUUACUGAGUCAGACCUGUUGGAAUAUAUGGCAUAUGCUUUGUAUCAACAAGGAAACAUUAAGCGAGCAUUGGCUUUGACCCAGAAGCUAGUGCGACAAGAUCCUUAUCACCCACGUGCUGCUGGCAAUGUUGAGUGGUACAAAGAGAGAAUGAGCCCAGAAGAGCUGGCUACCAUGGAUUACAUGCCACCAUUGAAAAACGAACGUAACCUAAAAUACGACAUUCAAGAACGUGAAGUAACCGAAAAGUUGUGUCGCGGUGAAUUCAUUCCAGACCCAGUAAUGGCAUCUAAAGUCUACUGCUACUACAAGAAAGAUCGACCAUUCCUGAAGCUAGCUCCAUUCAAGGUCGAGAUCGUGCGCUUGAACCCAUUGGCCGUGCUGUUCCACGAAGUUUUGAGCGACUACGAGAUCAGCGUGAUCAAAGAGCUGGCUACGCCUCGGCUUCGUCGUGCUACAGUCCAGAAUGCCAAAACUGGUGAACUAGAGACAGCCAACUACCGUAUCAGUAAAUCAGCUUGGUUGAAAGAUCACGAACAUCCAGUGGUUCAUCGUGUCAACCAGAGAAUCGACCUCAUGACCAACUUGAAUCAAGAAACUUCAGAAGACUUGCAAAUUGCCAACUAUGGUAUCGGUGGUCAUUAUGAUCCUCACUUUGACUUCGCUAGGGUACGAGAUUUUAUGAAAAAUAAUUUUAACGCAAUGGCAUUUUUGAAAAAUGGCAAUACGGUGGAACUCUUGUAUAGAGAACAUAUUGAUAACGAACGCAUUUUGAAUACCCAUGCGAUUCUUCAUACAGGGGCUUCACUGUAUACAAAAAUAGAAUUUUCAAAAUGAAAACUGUUUAAAAAAGCUACUUUUCAAAAAUGUCAUUGUAAACCUAACCAGAGUUCCCAAUGGGUUUAUGUUAAAACUGACUCCGGCUCUGGGGUAGAUUUGGCUAGAUAACAGGAGCGAAACGUUAUAUAAAACUGGAGCCGGAGCUAGAAUAUGUCGAAUUUCAAUAUAGAAUUUCGGAACUGUUACGGUUCUGGAGUCAGUUCCGACGUAGGGACAGCUCCAGCUUUGGCUUCGAAGCUAAAGUUUAAAAAAGCCGGAGCUGGAGGCAGCCAAAGACUCCCGAAACCGUUUUGGCUCCGGAGCUGACUCCGGUCUUCGAGCGGCUCUGCGACAACUCCAGCUUUGGAGCCGGAGCUAGAAAUUAUGGCGUUUCAGUACUAAAGAUUCCCGGAGUUCAGACAGCUACAGGGACAGCUGUAGUCUUGGGACAGCUUUGGCUUCGGAGCUGGAGCUAAAAUUAAAAAAACAACGGAACCGGAACCAUGAAAAAGAGUUCCUUAGCCGUCACGGCUCCGGAGCCGGCUUCGGCCUUGAAGCAACUAUGGCUCUGGAGCAUAAACUGGAGCUAAAGUUUGUUAAAAGCCACAGCCGGAAAUUUUAAACCCGGGAACUCUGCACCUAACCCCAAUUUUAAGAACCGCGGCGUGAACCCGUACAAAGAGCCCACCGGCAAUCGAAUAGCCACCGUGCUGUUCUACGUAAGUCUUUUUGCCGUUCUCACUAACGUGUGUGAUUUGCAGAAGGAGGAGAAGAAUGCUUUCAAGAAGCUGGGCACCGGCAAUCGCGUUGCCACCGUUCUGUUCUAUGUACGCUUUACCUUUUUUUUAUUUUUUACCGUUUUUAUAUUUUUUUUUGUAUUUUUUGAGGACUACUGUACUAUUUUUGGGUUUAAAAAAUUUUUUUAAAUUUUAAAAAGCUGUUUUUGACGUAGGUCUGACGGUUUAGGUAUAGGAAGGGUAAAAAAAUCUGUUCAACAAUUUUUAGUGCAAAUACGGCUAAAUUUGAUAAAAAAGGUAGUGGAAGUAGAGUGGAAGAUUUGUAAUGUAUUUUGCGCUGAAAAUCUUCCACUCAACUUCCAUUUUCAAAAAGCCUCAAAAUGACAUAAAAUCACGUUUUUGACACUUUUAAGAGUGGAAGUUUGGUGGAAGAUUUGUAAUGUAUUUAGCACUGAAAAUCUUCCACUCAACUUCCACUUCUAAAAAUGAUCAAACACGUUUUUUUAAGUCAUUUUAAGGCAUUUUAAAAAUGGAAGUUGGGUGGAAGAUUUUUAGUGCAAAUUACAUUACAAAUCUUCCACUUAACUUCCAUUUUUUUAAAACUUGACAAAAGUGUUUGAAAACUAAAGAGAUUCGUGUCAUAAGACGCUGCGGAUAUAGUAUAUAUAUAAAGACCCCCUAUCAAGACAAAAAGAGCAUAAAAAGUACAGUAGUCCAGUAGUUUUGACCAGUUUUCAUCAACGCCAACUACAUUGAAACAUAACAAACUUUUGGUUCAGCUCUAACGUUUCGGGUUCUGGUGAAGGCGCUGGCUUUGUUAACUAUGGAUGCACUUCAGAAUCUUGAAUAAAUUUUUAACUUUUUAUUAUUAUAGACGACGUUUUAAUGUAGUUGACGUUGUGGAGUUAUUUGACGUUAUUUGGCUUCGUAGAAUUUAGUUUUUGAAGUGAUUUACAUUUUUCCGUUUUUCAUUUUUGUGACCAAAUUUUAAAAUUUUAAAAAUCAGAAAAUACAGUGAAAUCUUGUUAGUAUGACCCUGGAUAGUAUGACACUCUCUACAAUAUCAUCUUUUUGAUCGUUCUUUUUAAUAUAAGGUUGUUCAAAUAAUUAUGUGCUUUCCAGAAAAGCAAUUUAGGGGCACAGAAUUAUUUGAACAACCUAAUACCACUCCUAUCAAAAAUUAUCUGGGUAGUCUGAUGCCCUAUUCAUAAGAAAAGAUUUGGACCAGUCCCUUGAGUGUCGUACUAAAGAUGUUUGACUGUAUUUAAAAGUUUAGCAAGUUACAGUGAAACUUCAGUAUGACGAAUCGCCUGGGGGUUUUUAAUUUUUUUGGUUAUAAAGGAGUUUUUGGUAGGAAGAGGUUUUCAAAAAAUGUACUGUGUAGUGUUGGCCAGAGGGGUAGGAUAGGACAGAGUAAAAUAGAUAGAUUACGGCAAGGAAAGGUAGGAUAAAGUAGGUACGGUAGGAUAAAGGCCGGGCCUAGUGAGUCUUGUUCUAGGUCUUUAACCUACUUCAAUCUACCCUGCCCAAUCCUACUCUACUUUCUCCACCAUACCCUACCCUGUCUUACCAUGCUUUGUCCUACCCUAUUUUAUCCUUCCUACCAUACCUUACCCUAGGUCAGGCCGGGCCAAAAAAAUAGGCACGUCUCUCAACAAUGCCGGCUACACAGUGCAUUUAAAAACUCCUCUAUACCGAAAACUUCUUUAUAACGAACAAAUUUUAAAUCUUCAAGCAAUUCGUUAUACAAGAGUUCUACCGUACCAAACUCUUUUCUUCAAAGAACAGCCAAAACAAACGUCAAAAUAACCCCAUAAAACUACAAUAAUACAAAACUUUAAAACACCAAAAUUACCCCACCCAUUUCCAGAUGACCCAGCCAGUAACCGGUGGUGCCACGGUCUAUACUGAACUUGGAAUGGGCACAUUCCCAGUGAAACACAGCGCUCUCUUCUGGUACAACUUGUACCGAUCGGGCGAGGGUGACAUGCGUACGAGACAUGCCGCCUGUCCAGUACUACAAGGUGUUAAGUGGGUAUCGAACAAGUGGAUCCACGAACGUGGUCAAGAGUUCCGCCGGCCUUGUGGCUUGACUCCUGAUGUUCAUGAGCAAUUCGUGGGCGAUUUGAGCCCACAAUAA